AUCGCAGUGCGCACGCGCGCACUUCUGCCUCCAACAACAAGAAGCAGGAGCCAGGCAACAUGGCCGACCUGGGGAAAAAGUACUGCGUUAACUGCCUUGCAGAUGUUACAAACUUGCGGCUUCGCUGCACCGACUGUCCCGAUAUCGAGCUGUGCCCGGAGUGCUUCUCGGCGGGUGCAGAAAUCGGUAAUCACCGGAGAUGGCACGGCUACCAGCAGGUCGACGGCGGUCGGUUCUCUCUGUGGGGUCCCGAGGCAGAGGGAGGAUGGACCAGCAGGGAAGAGCAGUCGCUCCUCGAUGCUAUCGAGCAGUAUGGGUUUGGAAACUGGGAGGACAUGGCAGCUCACGUCGGAGCAUCCCGAACUCCUCAGGAAGUCAUGGAACACUAUGUCACCAUGUACAUCCACGGGAACCUAGGUAAGGCCUGCAUCCCUGAGAGCAUUCCCAACCGGGUGACGGACCACACCUGUCCCAGCGGGGGGCCACUGUCUCCUAGCCUUACCACUCCUCUCCCACCCCUGGAUAUCAACCUUGCAGACCAGCAGCAGCUGGGAUACAUGCCACUACGUGACGACUAUGAGAUUGAAUAUGACCAGGAUGCAGAGAAGCUCAUUAGCGGGCUGUCUGUGAACUACGACGACGAGGAUGUGGAAAUUGAAAUGAAACGUGCGCAUGUGGAUAUGUAUGUGCGUAAGCUUAGAGAACGCCAAAGACGUAAGAACAUCGCACGAGACUACAACCUGGUGCCUGCGUUUCUGGGCAGAGACAAGAAAGACAAGGAGAAGGAGAAACCAGCACUGGGAGUCAUUGGGACUGCUGGUGGUGCAGGCGGGGUAGCAGCUGGCAGUGGCACAAUUGGAUCAGGUUCCACAGCUGCAGUAGGAUCAGGCCCUGUUGCCAGUACGCCCAAAAGAAAGAUCACCAAGGAAGAGAAGGAGCAGCGAGUCAGACUGCGGGGGCUGUGUCAGUUCAUGGCCAAUCGGGAAUUUGAAGACUUCUUUGAAAACAUGUAUAAAGAGCGUGUGCUAAGAACCAAAGUGCGUGAGCUGCAGCGCUACCGGCGCAACGGCAUCGCCCGCCUGGAAGAGUCUGCAGAAUAUGAAGCAGCGCGCCACAAACGAGAGAAACGUAAAGAAAACAAAGGCGUGGUCACCUCCAAACGGGGCAGCGGAGGAGGGGGCGGGCUUGGCUCUGGGAUUGGACUUGGGGGAGGAGCUGGAGGGGGAGGCGGCAUAGCUGGAGGGUUGGGGGUUGGUUGUGGGAUUAAGGAAGAGGGCAAAGAUGGUGAAUUUGCCGCCAUUGAGAAUCUGACAGGUUUCGAGCUGCUGUCGGACAGGGAGAAGGUGCUGUGCAACUCUCUGAACCUCAGCCCAGCACGCUACCUGACUGUCAAAACCAUCAUCAUCAAAGACCACCUGCAGAAAAGGCAAGGGAUCCCAGCCAAGAGCCGGCUGCCCAGCUACUUGGACAAGGUCCUCAAGAAGCGUAUUCUCACCUUCUUAACGGAAAGCGGCUGGAUAUCCCGAGAUGCCUCUUAGCGGCCCUGUCUUUGGUCAGGAAGUUAUACGUCUAUGAUUCGCUAAAAGCUCUGUAGGCAACUGCUGGCAUUUUUCAGAGUUGACAUUGUGAAUAUGUACAUUACAAAGAAAGAGGAUGCCCCACUGAAAAACAAAAUAAUUAUAUAUAUAUAUUUUCAUAUGAGGGCUAAGAAGAAAAUAAGCCUCUGUUUUUAGACUUGGCAAGGGACAGGGCUGAAAAAAAACCACUUUGGGUUCAAUGUUUUUUGUGUCCAUAUUUUUACUACAUGAAUAAGAACUACAAUGCUAACAAGUAUAACAUAGCUGCAGAGAUAUUAAAGUGCUAUUGCAAGAGGUUGAUUGUUAGAUUUAAAAUCCAAACAUUGACAUGGAAAAGGGCAAUAGGAACAUCACAUUGACUUUAAAAAGUUUGACAAUAAUCACUUUUGUUGGUAGAUAUUUUUUAGGAUUUGGCUCUAUUUAAAUAAACUCAGUUAUCUUUGUUAUCGGGUAAAGCUGGACUUUCUAACUACAGCUACCAUUUACAUUUUCAUACAUUUUACGGCCUUCAUUUCCUAGACUUUUUUAUGCACCUGCAGCAAACACUCAUUACUAGGAAUUUUCUUCUUCUUAUUGACUAAUUGGAUAAGGAGAAACAGCAGCAGGGUUGAAGCAUCAUCCUGCUUUUUAUGAACGGAGCACUUGCAAUCAAAAUGUGGUUGACAGAGCUAGAUGGUUAGAUCUUCUGAUAUAUCAGUUUUGGCACAAACAUCAGCCAAUGAGCAACAAGAAAUAAAUGCCAAAGAAGAUUGAAGAUCAUUUACAGAACAUUACACAAUCCAUCGAUCAGGGACAACAGGCUUCAACAACGCUUUCAGGCUUUAAUUUGUAUUCAUUUAUCUUUUAGUUUUUCACCUGAAAUGGCCGAUGAACAUUUCAUUGUACUUAUUUGGCCAAACAUCUUUACUUUUACAGAAAAAUGAGUGCAUCAAAGCACAGCUUUAAAUGUUCUACUGUCAACAUAAUAUAAGUCAGGCAGAUUAAUGUGAAUCGAUGCCUGCAUUUAGUUAAUCAAGUCUGAAGGUAAGGCAAUCUAAUAGUACACAUAUUUAUAUUUUCAACUAGGGGGAACAGCCGUCUGCCUCAUUGUAUGCAUUUGAAUUUCAAAAGGCCCUUACAUCAAACCUAAGCCCUUUGGGCGACAUCAUCACAUGUACACAGCUUCCCAGGGGGUAACGAGUGUAUGUGUUUUUAGGGGAAAUGCUAGUUAUGAGUAGCAUUAGUUCUCUAGCUGUAUGCAUUGCCUCAAAAGCAGCUUUGCCUUUUUUUGUGGUGUUUAAAAAGUAAAUGCUCCUCUUCACUGUAGAACUUGAGACGAGGGUGUUAAUAUUCUGUUAUGGUCAACAGUCAUGUACCAUUUUAAUCAACGUUAGGUUAUAUUUCAGAGAUAAAUCUGGGGAUAUUUUAGAUUUCUCUUAUUGUAAACACAUCCCAUGAAAAGACCAAAACCACCUAUUGUUUGUAUCAAAAGCCUGAUCUUUGUAAAUCCUGUUUGCCGUACAGUUCCAUUUAAAUCUAUGAGCCACACUUUCUUUAUUAAAGUGAACACACACACUGUUUGUCAUUUGGACUCAAUCCCACAUACAUUAACAUUCUCUAGCACACCAAAUGGCUGACAAGUGCAUUUCCUCCCAUUUGAGUCAUUUCCUAAAAACUAUACAACCAAACCUUUUCUUUAAGGGGCAAACAAGUAUAUAUAAAAUGAACCACUUCAACGAGAACAACAUCGACUGUGCAAGAGAUAAUAGGAAAAUGGAAAGUAUUAAGAGGCAUGCUAAGUUUUGAGAUUUCAUUUAAUUUGAUUACAAGAAGUAGAAUACUAUAGUUCAAGCCUUUGUAUUGCUAAGUAACUCUUCUUCAGGUGCUCUGGGUUUAGUAGUUCAUAGUUUUCAGAAAUGCUAAGUAUGUGGGAAUCCAUCUUCCACCAUAAUUAUUGGCUCAUUUUUACAUACAUAUGUUUCUGUUCCCAUUGUGUUGAAUAUAAACCCAUGGCUAAUUGUAUUUAUGACUGGAGUUUGAUGUAUUAGUCAACUGUCUUUUGGAGAUGCUGAUUGUGCAACAGGCAACACUGUUUGUGGUGAGCUGAGGGGAAUGUGUGAGCAUAAUGGCAUUGCUCAAAAGGGAUAAAGGUAGUUCAGGUGAGAUAUCGGUCCCAAAAUGUCAUCUGAACAGUUGAAAAAGAAAAGGCUACCUUCCAGCCCAUGCACCGAACUGCAUUCAUAUAGAUGCCUCUCAUUUGUAUGAAUAUUCUUUUUCAGAUUUUGAUAGUAAAUCUUUCUGCAUGUGCAACCAAAUGAACAAUGUCCUAAAAUAGUGGCAAUGAUAUUUUUCCAAUGGUAUAAUAUUUUUUGUAAGGGGGAUUUUGCAUUAUUUUUGUCACCAAUUGUAGAUAGAUUUGUAAGAUACAUUGGGGAAAUAAUUACUCACAUGUGAAAUGUACAGUAUUUUGUGUCAUGUUAAUGUUCAUAGAUUUUGUAAUAAAGUAAAAAUAAUUUUUGAUAGAGA